CUAGAACACCACUUCUUUUAUCUUAUAUUGGUUUCAUCACCGAAAAUAAAAAAAAAAUAAUCAGUUCCAUUAGUUUAGGUAUCCCACAUCAUCGUAUUUGAUGACUUUUCCAAGAUUCUUUUCAGCUCAUUACUUAAUUAAUUAAUUACUGCUUUUCCUUUUUGGAAGAAUACAUUUUUGGUUCAAAAAAAAAAAAAAACCAACAAAAUCCAGAGUCCUAGUAGUAUUAGUAGUGGAUCUCCCCCCUAGUUUUUUCCUUGAACACUCCACUCUCCCUUGGCCUAUAGGCUUCUUCAACUUCCAUUAUUUUGCUGCAAAAAUUUUCCUUCACCCAAAAGGCCAGAUUUUUUCUGGGUUUGACUUUGUGGGUUUCUCCUGUUUGUGAAGAUGGCUCUCCUUUCAGAUCUCAUUAACCUGAAUCUCUCUGAUACCACUGAGAAGAUCAUUGCUGAAUACGUAUGGAUCGGUGGAACUGGGAUGGAUCUUAGAAGCAAAGCCAGGACUCUGUCUGGCCCAGUCAGUGAUCCUGCUAAGCUUCCAAAGUGGAACUAUGAUGGUUCAAGCACUCUCCAAGCCCCUGGUGAAGACAGUGAAGUCAUCUUAUAUCCUCAGGCAAUAUUCAAGGAUCCAUUCAGGAGAGGCAAUAAUAUUCUGGUGAUGUGUGAUGCUUAUACUCCUGCUGGAGAGCCUAUUCCGACAAACAAGCGGUACAAUGCUGCAAAGAUAUUCAGCGACCCUGCGGUGGCUUCUGAGGAGCCCUGGUAUGGUAUUGAGCAAGAGUAUACAUUGCUUCAGAAGGAAGUGAAGUGGCCCCUUGGAUGGCCAAUUGGAGGAUUUCCAGGACCACAGGGGCCAUACUAUUGCGGUAUUGGAGCCGACAAGGCAUUUGGUCGUGACAUCGUUGACUCCCAUUACAAAGCUUGUCUGUAUGCUGGUAUUAACAUUAGUGGAAUCAAUGGCGAAGUUAUGCCUGGCCAGUGGGAAUUCCAAGUUGGUCCUGCUGUUGGUAUCUCUGCUGGAGAUGAGGUUUGGAUGGCUCGUUACAUUCUCGAGAGGAUAACAGAAAUUGCUGGAGUAGUUGUUUCCUUUGACCCCAAACCAAUUGAUGUGAGAUUUCUUUUCUCCUCUGUGGCUACUUCUUCCCUUCGGGAUUUUUCUUAAAAGCUUUAAUGUUGCUUCUUAGUUGUCACUUUACCUUGUUCUUCAAGUUUUCUGAUUUUAUUUUUCCCUGCAGGGUGACUGGAAUGGAGCUGGUGCUCAUACCAAUUACAGGUUCAUUACUGCUGUCCUUGACCUUUUAAGGACUUUCUGUCGGAAGAUAAUCUUUAUUUUCUAUGCAUGUGGAUGCUUGAAUUAACAUUCUUAGUUAUAGUCUUCUAACUUUCGGCUUUAUUUUGAUGUUGAUAUAGCACCAAGUCUAUGAGGAGCGAUGGAGGAUAUAAUGUGAUAACAAGUGCUAUUGAAAAGCUCAAGUUGAAGCACAAGGAACACAUUGCCGCAUAUGGAGAAGGCAAUGAAAGACGGCUCACUGGGAAGCAUGAAACAGCAUCAAUUCACAACUUCUCAUGGGUAAAUUCCUGUUCACUUUCUUUCUCUAAUUCGAGGUUGACUUAGCUGUGAACUACACAGACUACUAAUCUUUGUUGUCUUUGGAUAUUUGUAGUUUUAGUGAUACACGGGUUCGUCCUGUAUAAUACGUGAAUAUGCAUUUUUAAUGAAAUGAUUUGAACAACCAAACUGGUUUUUUUGUACUGAUGCUCUUUUCUGGACUUCGAUACUGGUUUGCAGGGCGUAGCCAAUCGUGGCGCCUCCGUGAGGGUUGGCAGGGAAACAGAGCAGAAUGGCAAGGGUUAUUUCGAGGACAGGAGGCCGGCUUCAAACAUGGAUCCAUACGUGGUCACUUCCAUGAUCGCCGAGACCACCAUCCUCUGGAAGCCAUGAGCUUGUUGUGGUCAUUUGCAUUCUUCAACCUGAUGGGGAAUCAUCUAAGUGAUUCUUUAUUGUCAUCAUGGUUUUAUUUCUUUCAACAGAAAAAAAUACUCUGGCAUGGAACAGAGUAAUUUAUGUAGUAGUUUUAAAAAGUCAGGAUGGUUUGCAUUUGGGUUGUUUAUAUGACUGCACCUUCUUCUUUUAAUAAAAUCUGCCUUUCUAGUUUCUCAUGAAAACCAUUGAUCUUGUCUUUGUGAAAGUUGCCAGUUUCAUUGGCACUGAACAUCAGUCCUCAAAGAAUCAAAAAUAGAUUGAGGAUGGUUGAAUGUUAGGCACAUAUUGAAUGGAGGAUUUAGCAUAAACACCUUAAAAAUGGGUCCAAGAUGUGACCUUUAUUAAUUAAUUAAGUAAUCAAAAGAGCUCCCUUUUUGUUGUUCUACCAUCCAUGUGGUUGGUGGCUUUGGUGUAAUCAAUCCACAACAUGGUUGCGUCCUUCUAUGCCCUCUGAUCAGUUCUGCUGAUGCUGUCUGAAACUGCAACGGAUAAGACCAUGGAAUAUUCAAUAUGAAUGUAAUAUUCUCAGGCUCAAGAUACUUCCAACUCCAGUAUAACAGUACGAAGGAGCUUUUUUUUUUUUUUUUUUU